UAUAAUCCAGAAGGUGAUAUUCCCAAACCUCCAUGUGAUAUCCAGUUACCCUUUGGUGAUGAAAUGCUCUUGGUACCUGGCCUUAUCAGAGAAUGGACGGCAGAGGUGCUUUUUGAAGAAUACAACGAUAUCCGAUCUCUCCCGCAACUUAUCCUGGAUGCCGUUUUUCGGGUAUUUCAUUUUUGCCUUGUAAUCAUUACAGCUGUUAGGAAAAAGAUUUAG